AUGCUGGAGACAGCCCGAGAGCUCACCUUAGAGGCCGCCCAGUCCGCUGCUAUCAAUCGAAGCUCGAAAAUAGAUUCCUCGUCGCGGACUUACAGUGUCGCUCAUAUCAAGAAGCUGCUUGACAGUCGUCACGAGCGGGAGGUGCUAGAUGGAAUGCGGAGGGUCAUCUCGUUGAUGUACCGCUCCGAGCCAUCCCUUACCUUUUUCUCUGCGGUUGUCAAAAAUGUCGCCAGUGCCAACCUUGAAGUCAAGAAGUUGGUCUACAUCUAUCUGGUCCACCAUGCGGAGGCUGAACCGGAUCUGGCACUGCUCUCUAUCAACGCGAUCCAGAAAUCGUUGACUGACUCCAACCCCCAGGUCCGGACUAUGGCGCUUCGGACUAUGUCAGGCAUCAGGGUUCCAGUGAUCAGCCAAAUUGUUUCGCUGGCUAUCAAGAGAGGAUGUGGAGAUAUGAGUCCACAUGUGCGCAAGGCGGCUGCUUUAGCUAUUCCCAAGUGCUAUCGUCUGGAUCCAAAUACUUUACCGCAAUUGGUGGGAUACUUGUCGACACUUUUGGGGGAUUCUCAGUACUUUGUGGUUGGAUCCGCAGUCGCCGCAUUCUUGGAUUUGUGCCCGGAUGAGAUCGACUUGAUUCACAAGAACUAUCGCAGCUUGGUCAAGAAACUGGUUGACAUGGACGAGUGGGGUCAGCUUGCUACUUUGCGCUUAUUGACCUUCUAUGCGCGAAAGUGUUUCCCUCAUCGAACUCAAAUGGUCAAGCCCUCGGCACCUCAGUCAUUCUAUGAUGACGAGAAACAACAGGAUGGUCAGAAUGAUGGCGAGGAAUAUGAAGUAUCGGUUGUGGAUCCCGAUCUGGAGCUUCUACUACGGGCUUGUAAGAAUCUUCUUCAGAGCCGGAACUCUGCUGUCAUCGUCAGCGUUGUCCGCUGUUUCCUUUAUCUUGCUCCCUCCGAAUAUCUUGAGUCGGCUAUUGGUCCCCUUGUGGCCCUUCUACGUAGUCCGCAGGACAUGCAGCUCAUCGCUCUAUACAACAUUGUUGCCGUUGCGUUGAGGACUCCUAAGCCGUUCGCUCGAUACACUGCCCACUUCCUUAUUCAUGCCAAUGACCCACCCCACAUAUGGCGCCUCAAAUUGGAAGUGCUGACCAUUCUGUUUCCCCACUGUGGGAAGCACUGGAAAGGCGUCGUUAUCAGCGAGCUGGAGCAUUUCUCUAAGGGUACGGAUCCAGACCUGGUGCGAGAGAGUGUACGGGCCAUUGGCCGCUGCGCACAAGCAGAUACAGGCACAUCCGGCAUGUGUUUGCGAAUCUUACUCGGCCAGAUCUCCAGUUUGGAUGGAAACCUUGUGUCAGAGUCGUUGACUGUCAUUCGCCACCUGAUCCAACAAGAUCCUGCCUCGCAUAAAAACACUGUUCUUCAACUCGUCAAGCACCUCGGCUCUACCACUCACCCAGAUGCACGAGCCACUAUCAUUUGGCUAGUUGGGGAGUUCGCUGGUGUUGAUCCCGAAAACAACAUUGCACCUGACGUCCUCCGCGUACUAAUCAAGGGUUUCGCGGAUGAAACUGAAAUGGUCAAGCAGCAAAUUGUUCUCCUCGGUGCAAAAGUGUACCUUCAUCAUCUCUUACAAAACCCAACAAAAGAACAGCCCGAACAAACCCCCUCCACCACAGUACCUGAGAUAUCCGUUACCCAGCAAGAGUUCCAUAACGAGUGGAAUGAUAAUAGCACCAAAGAGUCGCCAAAUGCUGAUCAACCGCAAGAAGAAGAACAAAUACCAAAAGCGGACGAACCAGAAGCAAAGGAGGAGGAAGAAGACCGUAUCACCCUACUCUGGCGCUAUAUACUACUUCUCGCCCGCUACGACACAUCGUACGACCUCCGCGAUCGUGCUCGUCUUUACAAAAGUCUCUUAGAAACACCCUCUUCUACCCAGCUCGCCAAUCUUCUUCUUUUAGCGCCAAAGCCGGUCCCUCACGCCCCUAGCCCAUCCGAAACCCGAAAGGACUUGCUCAUCGGCUCUGCCACACUAGUAGUUGGCACCGAUGCCGGUCACCAUGGCCUUCGCGGCUACACACCCCUACCGGACUGGGUUGAGCUCGGCCAAGAGCCAGACCCAAGUCUCCGCGUUGAGGAUAUAAAGCCAGAUACAUCAUCUACCCAGGCUUCUCUCUCCGCUGGCGCCCGUCUCGAUAAAGCCCUGAAAGAACAUCAGGGUACUGUUGCGCCAGCCCGGAAUAGGAAUGGUAUUCCUAUGGCUGCUGAUCCCGCUGGGAAGAAGACGCUAGAUCAGUGGUUACAGGAAGAGUCCGAGGAAGAAACUGAGACAGAAUCUGAGACGGACUCGGAGGGCGAGACGGAUUCCGAGGAAGAGUCCGGCUCCGAGGAAGAUGAGUCCGACGAGGAUGAAGAAGAAGAAGACGAUUCCGAAGAAGAAACAGAUUCUGAAAGCGAGGCUGUUCAUAAAGAGUCUCGACAAUUGCUUGGAUGA